AAAAAAAAAAGAAACGAAGUAAACAAAUUCAAUACAUGGCGUUAACGUAGCGUUUCGUAACAGAGCGCGAAAUUAUGGGGAUUGUGUCGAAAAUUCGCUUAGCCUGCGCAUGAUGAAAUGCAUAAGCCCGCGGUGUACAAGGCGUCACUCCCAGCGAAACAGAAUCCGAGCGAGAAAUUAGUUGAACGUCCCCAUAAACUCGAAUAUGAAUCUAUCUAACACGUUGAUCCAGGUGCACUUUCGGCGUCUUGCCGUGGGCACCGUUAUGCUGCCGCUCUUUUCUUUCAUAUUUUGUGUCAUCUGGUCGUUGAUACACAAUUUCAAGUCGGUUACCGCCACACACUGCAAGGUUUGGAACUUUCUUCCGUCCAUCAGCGCAGCGAUUGGCAGUUACACGCCUCAGAUCUACGUGUGGCGAAUGGGCAUUGCAUUACACAGCGCACCCAGGCUGCUAGUCAGCUUCAUGUACCGCCGGUACUAUCAUAACCUUCUCGCAGAUUCGCCCGGGUACCAAAGCCUGGGCACAGUGGCAUUUGUGCUGAAUGUUGUUGAGAAUCUAUGCUUACUCGGCCUCACAAAUAUAUCUUCGUCGGAAGACUAUCCGGCUCACGAAAAAUUGUUCUGCACCUUCGUGAUAUCGUCGUCUCUGUACAUGCUGUUGUCGGUCAAGCUUCCCAGUUACAUUAGGCGGCAGUUAACGCCUAUGGAACGGAAGUCAUUGAAGACAAAGAAGACUUUCGCAGUUGCCAGCAUCAUUGCGGCCGUAAUCGCCACAUACUUUUUCCUCCGACACAAUUGGCACUGCGAGGCAGGAAUGUAUUCAAUGUUCGCUUUGAGCGAAUACAUUGUCGUUCUCAGCAAUAUGGGCUUUCACAUGACUGCGUACUGGGAUUUCCACGACCAGGAACUUGUGCUCGGAGCUGUCGUGCAGUCGACACAUCGAGACGACAAGACUUCUCUACUCGAUUCCUCGUCACAGUGGCUGAAUGUGUGACUUUUGCACCCCCGUAGAUGCUAUGCUCUACCAGUCAUCGACGUUGCCAAAUUUGGUUGCAUAUCUCAUUAUCAUUAAACGACGAUUAAUCGAAAUUCA